AAUAUUGAUGUAAGAUUGAUACCUAAAGUCGGUAUGACAUUUAGUAACGUGGAUGAGGCGUAUAAUUUUUAUAGUCAAUAUGCAUACGAGGUAGGAUUUCCGUUGAAGAAAUAUAGGGAGCGGAAGAAUUGUAAAUGGUUGAACUGUUCAAUGGAAGGAAAGAAUGCUGAAAGGGUAGCUGGAAAUCCAAGGAUACGUAACACAUGUUCGAAACGAACACAGUGCAAGGCUGGGAUGAAACUCAAAAAAAUCUACGAUGAUGCUAAAGAGAAUGUUAUUUCUGUUCGGAUUGAUCUGGUAAACUAUGAGCAUAAUCAUGAAUUUUUGAAGAAAGAUACAGAAAAAGGGCAAUUGCAAUGCAACAAAACACAUGAUCGUGAAUAUAUGGAGUUCCUUAGUGCGAUGCAAGAAAGCAGGAUUCCACCACAUUGCAUAAUGGAUUUUGUUACUGAAAUGCAUGGUGGCCCAGAAAACGUUCCAAUAACCGUGCAGGACAUGAGUAACCUGAAAAAAGCAUGGCAAAGGGAGAGAAAUGCAAAUGAUGUGUCAAAACUGUUAUCUUUUUUUUCAUUAUGCAAGAAAGAUAAUCCACAGUUUUUUUCAGACUUUCAACUGGACAAAGAAGGGAAAAUUUUAAGCAUAUUUUGGUCCCAUGCUAGCCAGCAAGCCGAGUACAUUGAUUUUGGUGAUGCAGUUACUUUUGAUACUACACAUAAGACUAAUAUGUAUGAUAAGCCAUUAGGCAUGUUUGUUGGUUCGAACCACCACCUACAAUGCACAAUAUUUGGGUUUGCUUUACUAGGAGACGAGACAGUUGAUACAUUCGAGUGGGUAUUCAAUACGUUCAAAACAUGCAUGGGAUGUGACGGACCACGAGUGAUGCUGACAGAUCAAGACCCUGCCAUGCCAAUUGCACUUGGCAGAGUAUUCCCAAACACAAUACAUCGAUUGUGUUUGUGGCAUGUGCAAAACAGGUAUAUGCCCCACUUGAAUGAAUUAUAUGCAAGAUUUGAGGACAUGGAUUUCAAAACAAGGUUCCAAUCUAUAAUACAUCAUCCAUUGAAUGAAAUGGAGUUCGAGGCAGCCUGGCAAAUGAUGCUUGAUGAUUUCCACCUACACGAGAACAACACCCUUGCCAGAUUAUAUGACAUACGCAGAGAUUGGGUACCUGCAUUUUUCAAAGGAGAUUAUUGUGGUCUUAUGGUCUCUACACAACGAAGCGAGAGCAUGAACAAGUUAGUGAAGAGUGCCCACGUGGAUGCAAGCACACCGCUUCAUCAAUUUGCAAAGCAAAUGAUGAAGCUACUGCAUAGUAGGAAGAUGAAAGAGGCCAAAGAGGCACUAGGAUGCAUGGGUCAAAAGGAUACAACUACAUUGUAUAUGUUUGAAAUAAGAGUAGCAAGGGCAUACACUAGAGCUGUGAUGACAAGGUUUCAGGAGACAGUAAAAUAUGCAACUGCAUACCGAAUAGACCGUGAUACAGAGGGUGAGGAACAUGAUUGGGUGGUGAAACAUACUACAAGAUCAAAUAAAAUUGUUUGGGGUCAACACCAAUUCAAGAUAAGGGCUGAUGUUGAUGCCGGAAAGUACUGA